GCGUGGUACCACCCGUCACCGACGAUUAGUACAUUGUUACUGAUAUUUGGUUUUAUUAUGCUUGUGAAAGCGUGCAAACGAUAUCUGUCAGCUUUCUCACUAGAGUGAAUAAGUUUUGUGGUGAGACCCAGUCACCCGUCGUUCAUUUCCAUAAACACUUGUUGACAUUCGUAACUUACGCCCAAGUGGACACACGUCAGAACGUAUUUUCAGUUGGUAAUGUUUGUAUGAGUUUCGGAGGGAACGUGCAACCUUGGCGGUCUUUCAGUACGUAGAAGAGUAUAGAAUUUUUGAAAAACAUCACAUUCCUUUGCUCUUUAGGGUUUUAAAUCGCAACCUUUUACUAUGAAAUGAUGUGCGAAUUGCAAGUACCUUACGUCACAUUCGCGUUAUGUCUAAACUCCUUUGUAAAGUCCUACAGGUUCCAUUGUAAGAGCUAAUGUAUCAUCCAGGUGAAGCAGAAAUUGUUUCAUAGCAUGGUCACUGAAACAAAGUUAUUCGGUUGUCAAUACAGAAUAUAAGAAAUCAAAAUGUCAAAAAGAAAAGGUGUCAGUGCAGAAGAGAAAAGAAUACGAAUGUUGCAGAUAUUUCAUGAAAAGCAAGAGUUUUUCCAGUUGAAGGAAUUAGAAAAAAUAGCUCCCAAGGAGAAAGGAAUAAUAGCUCAAUCAGUGAAGGAUGUGGUCCAGAGUUUGGUGGAUGAAGGUCUUGUGGAUACUGAUAAAAUAGGAACUUCUGUCUACUAUUGGGCAUACCCCAGUAAAGCUCAAAACACGAAGAAACGUAAACUUGAUGAUACUGCCAGUUCAUUGGAAGAAAAGACUAAAAAGUUACAGAAGGUAAAGGAAGAUGUAAAAAACAAUCAGGCUUUAAGGGAGGAUACCCCUCAGCGCAAAAAAUUACUAGAAGAUCUUGCAAGGCUAAAGGCUGAAGAAGCAAAAUUGCAGCAAGAUAUUCAAGUAUACAAAGACAAUGACCCAGAAGUCUUGGAGAAAAUGAAAACUGAAAUACAGGUUGCAAAGGAUGCUGCCAACAGAUGGACAGACAACAUAUUUGCAGUUAAAUCAUGGUGUAAAAAUAAAUUUUCUAUGGAGGAAAGCACCCUUGAUAAACAUUUUGGAAUAGAUCCAGAAAUGGAUUACAUUGAUUAAAUGUUGGAAAUUGUUAUUUCCUAUUCAUGACAUAUGGCUAUGAGUAGGCAUGAGCAUGUAAUGUAAAUUAGCGAUUACAAAUAAAUAAUUUACAUCCUUACCAUUC